CUCUGCCGCGCGAUCCCGGCAGCCACAUCCCGCGACUCUGCCGGGCGCGCGGAGCUGCAGCCAUGGCUGUGACCACUGAGGGCGCCCGCAGGAAGGAGCGUGUGCUCUGCCUGUUUGACGUGGACGGAACCCUCACGCCAGCUCGCCAGAAAAUUGACCCUGAGGUGGCUGCCUUCCUGCAGAAGCUGCGAAGUAGGGUACAGAUCGGUGUGGUGGGCGGCUCCGACUACUCUAAGAUUGCUGAGCAGCUGGGAGAGGGGGAUGAAGUCAUCGAGAAGUUCGAUUACGUGUUUGCUGAGAACGGGACGGUGCAGUACAAGCAUGGACGACUGCUCUCCAAGCAGACCAUCCAGAACCACCUCGGGGAGGAGCUGCUGCAGGACUUGAUCAACUUCUGCCUCCGCUACAUGGCCCUGCUCAGGCUGCCCAAGAAGCGUGGAACCUUCAUCGAGUUUCGGAAUGGCAUGCUGAACAUCUCGCCCAUCGGCCGGAGCUGCACCCUGGAAGAGCGAAUCGAGUUCUCUGAACUGGACAAGAAGGAGAGGAUCCGGGAGAAGUUCGUGGAAGCCCUGAAAACUGAGUUUGCCGGCAAAGGGCUGAGGUUCUCCCGAGGAGGCAUGAUCAGCUUUGACGUCUUCCCUGAGGGCUGGGACAAACGCUACUGCCUGGACAGCCUGGGCCAGGACAGCUUCGACACCAUCCAUUUCUUCGGGAAUGAGACCAGUCCCGGUGGGAACGACUUUGAGAUCUACGCCGACCCCCGGACUGUGGGCCACAGCGUGGUCUCCCCUCAGGACACAGUGCAGCGAUGCCGUGAGAUCUUCUUCCCAGAGACAGCCCACGAGGCAUGACCGCAGCUCCCGGAGACCUCCGCCCGGGCCCAGAGGGCGCCCUGGCCCUGGUGCUCAGUGGGUGCUGGGACCUUCCUCCUCCGGCCUGGGAUGCCUGCCUCACCACCGCCUGCCACAAGGCCCCUCCCCCCCGCACCGUGACAGGGCCAGGGUCUGCAUGGCCCGUCCCUCGUGGUCAGCUCCUGGAGGGACUGGCUCCGCCCUCCACCCCAGCGGCCCUGGCUCCAGCUGCUGCUUGUACUUCUGAACGGAACAGGGUUCUGCCUGCGCUGGGCAGAGGUGUGUGUGAGUGUUGGCAUGGGACAGAGUCCACCCUGCCUUCCUGCCCCAGAGUGGGUGCAGGGCGGCGGGGAGGGUGUGUGUUUACUAGAACUUUGUCACAAACAUUAAAGCCCCCAGGACAAGG